AUGAGAAACAUUCCUGCAGACAAUAGAUUUGUGUCUCAGACACUUAAUUUGAAGAUUGAUAAUAACGAUAUUUCAAUUUACAGGCCUCUUAACUCCAUGAUUAAUGACUCUAAGCUUGUAAGCACAACGAGUCAGAGCCUAUAAUAAAAAGCAUUUGCUAGAAGAUAGAAUGUUGAAUCCUCUAGCGUUUUUAAGAAUUAUGAGGCCUACGGUGGAUCGGUUAAAAAGUACUCAAGAUUAAUGACUGCUCCGACUGAAAAAACUAUGGGAGGGAUAAGAAGAUCACUCUCAAACUCAAAAAAAUAGAGGUAGUUCUCACAGGGUGGGACUAGCAUGAAUUCCCAAAAUUACCUAAAGGUAUAGAAUCUAAUUAACAACUCUAAAGGACUUGGAUAAAUAAAUCAAGAUACAAUACAGAACAAUGGAGAUAUCCUUAGCAACGGAUUUCAAGUAAUCAGUUUUAAUUCCUUGGAAUAGAUAGACAGUGAGAGUAAAAAGAGACCAUAUUCAAGUGCUGUUAAUAAUAGAACUAAUAACAAUAACUCCAUAUCGAACUCAAGAGCCUUAUUUACUCAUAGCAAUAUGAAAAAAUAGACUGUCUAGCCAUCUUCAAACGGCAAUCCUAUGCUCAGUCAUUAAGGAACUACCAUAUUUAGUUAAAAAUCUCUCUCUAAAAAAUCUGAAACUCUCAAGAUAGAAGUCAUCGAUACCUAUUAUCAAAGUAUCAAUAACUUAGACGAAGUUGAGAGGAUCAGAUUUAUAAAUGACUUUACUAGACUGAUGAACCAAAUAGAGAAGAUUUUCAAUACUAAUGAGCGCAUCACUUUAGAUGAAGUAAAAUACGUUAAAGGUUUCCUUAAAAAAGAAGUUUACGAAUAAGGAAACUACAGUCCAUAUCUGCUUUAAAAAAUGAAUCAAUACAUUCAGUUUUUAUAGAGGUUUACCAAUACUGAGAAUAAACUCAGAAACUUAAUAGAUGAAAGGGAAUCAAUAAUAUACAAGCUAGGACUACUCAACACUGUGAGUAGCAUUAUUGAAUUCGAAAAAUCUUAAGGAAUACAAAUGAUCAUGCAACUUAGACACUACACUAUGAGGAUCAUUAAGUUGUUUAAAAUGUACCUUAGCUAUAUAAAAGAUUCAAAUUGCAAUAUAAUAAGAUAUAGGGCAAAUGUUCCUUGCUAUCUAUGUAAAAUCUUAUAGGUAGACUCCAAAGAGUUGAGAUAAAUUAAUGUGAUAUUUCUAAGGCUCUCUGUUUUUCUUGAGGAUUUCAUAAUGUUUGUCCCGAAGAAUGCCAAGAAAAUUUUAGAUGAGAUGAACUCUCAUAAAAUUAAGACCAUGGGUUUUACAGUUACGGAGGUUUCAUCAUUUGAAAAUAUCAAUCAGAAAUUAGUCAGUGAUAAUCUAGAUGAUAUAAAUGCAUGCAUGGAAUAUCUUAAGCAUCAUAUUUGCUCGGCAAAUAGCAAAGGGCUUAAUAAGUAAAACUAGAUAUCUGAGGAUAUAGACAUGUUUAUGAUUGAUCAUUUUAAAAAGGAAUAGGUUAAUCCGAAUUAGACUAGAGAGUUCAAUGCAUCACUUAAGCAUUAAAAGAUAAAGCGAUUUUUCAACUUUUAAUGGAUUGAUAGCAAUUUUCAAAUGGCUAGUAAGAAUGAAUAUGAAAUGAGAAAUGAUUUUAAAGAUAGAAUUUAAAAUGCCUACUCGUAAUUUUAAACUAUACUUAAUGAGGAACAACAUAUAAUUAAAGGGGAAAGUGAGACCGACAAUAAUAGAUCAUCUGUAAAUGACCUCUAUAAUGACGCUAGCUAUAGAGAAGGAAUAAAUCUCUUUUAAAUUCAGACAACUGGAUAGAGAAGUACUUAAAAUCAUAAUCCACCCUAGAUUAAUCAAUUUGUCAAUCAAACUACUAUACAAGAAUCUUUUGAUAACUUUAACUCUGGAAGAGGAUCAAUCCAUUAAACUGAAAGUUUCUAGCUCAACCCUAAACGAUCUAUAGAGUCAAUAUAGGAUCCAAUAAUGAUGACAGAGGCAAAUAUUUUGUUAAAUUCUUUUGGAAUCUUCAAAUCUUAAAAAUACUAGAAUGAAAGUGCAAUCGAAAUAAAUACAGUAAACAACGUCUUGGUUGAACCGGAGAGGUGCGAGGUUGUUUAUGAAGACUUGAAAGAAGAUACAAUAUAAUAAACUGAAAGAAUCACUAGCAAAGUUGAUUAGUAGUCCAGGGAAAUGGCUUUGCAUCAUCUUUUGAAUAAUAAGUCUAGCAAUGUUUGUAUAACCUCCGAAAAUUCAACUUAACCUAGAAUAUACAAUUCUAUUGAUCUUAGAAUUGUUCAUUAAAAGCAUAAGCCUCAAUUAAGAAUGCAACAUACUGCUAAAAAUAACAAAACUAAAAAGGGCUUAUAAGAACCUUAGCAGAUGCAUAAUCUUAAAAAUACUUACAAACCAUUGAUUAACAAUAAAUAACCGCAAAUAGUAAGAUUGAAGUCUUAGGAAAUAGGCAAGAGAAGAGUAUCUAAAUUUAACUAUAGUAUCGAUGUGCCUCGAGAUAUUGCCAACAUAAAUGCCACUUAGGCUAAUCUUAUAAAUUCAGUCAUUGAGGAUACUGAGCAAACUAACAAUUAACAUAUUAUAAUGUCUGGUGCUGCAGAUCUGACUAAUAGUUUCGACAGCCAAGACAUUUAAGAUGAAAUAAAUCUACAUAUUGAAGCCGCUUAAGAUGUGGAUAAUGACCCAAGCCUGAUGAAUCCCACUCAAAUUGAGGAAAUAUCAGAGAGAAUUAUGAUAGAAGAGAAUCUUUAACUAUGA